UCAUCCUCCUUUUAUUUGGCGCGUUUUAUCAGUGGCAUUCACGUUUCUAAACCAUAUAACAGCAAAUAGAAAGGGAACCUAAGAGAAAUUCCAUCCGGAGGUGUCGUGCAUCGUCGUAGGCACCUUAACCCUUUCGCUACGGCCGUUUAUGUUCAGGAGCAUUCGCAUGAUAUGGCUAUAUGAGACGCGUGUUUUACGCAGAAAUCACGAGUGUGAUAUUUGAAGAGAAAAAGGAGGAAAGGGGAAGGAGAGAAAGAGAGGAACAAAGUGUGAAGUUGGAGUGAGAGACUAGGGUGACUGACUGGUAGUGUACGAUAUAUACACCGGGAAGGAAGGGUGGAAAGGAGGAUUUCGCGAGGAAGGCGGCCAACGUAGAGGGCGCGGACAGAAAUGCAGUGGCGCCGGCAACGAAGGGUUAUCCACGUGAUCGGCUCCUCCAAUCACGUUCUACUUUUAGCGAGGUACCAAGACGCUCCACCCGGCGAAGAGGACGAAGAAGAAGGAUUACGAAAUGGAUUCUUGAAAGGGCAGGAGAAUGACACGAACACGCACAGCUUCGGUCGGCAGAGCGGAUAUAAGCCGCGUAGAACCGGAAGUAGCGAUGGCGGCGCAUACGCCGGUAGUGCGGCACGACACAAGGACGAUACAACCGGUUCACCGUCCCAGCCCAAGAUUAUCUUUAACGAGGACGAGUACACGAGGAUCACGACACCCCGUCAGGAUAUGCUGUUCAAAAAGGGUUAUCUGUCGAGGAAGAAACCCUGGACCGGAAACGCGAACACCAGCGCGACUUCCUCGACCACCGAGAGCCAAUCGGCGUCUCAUUCCACCGCAGGUAGAGAUGGUAGCGAAACGACUGAGGAUCAACAAUUGUUAGACAGGGACUGUGGUACCGGCGAAUAUCCACCAGUGAUGGAUUCCAGCGCUCAAUUGGGCUAUGGGACGUUUUAUGAUCACAUGGGUGGUUACUAUUACGAAUAUCCUGUGAUGUUGGUUGGUCCAGCACCGAUGCAAUCUCAAGUUGCACCGAGUGUUUUGGCGGCUGUGCCUUGUGCACCUGUGCCUCUUAGGCCCAUAGAAUGGAUUAAUCCAACUUACGUGCCCAAACUGCCUAAUCAGCCGUAUUGUAUAAUGAAUUACGAGAACAAUCAAAGUAUGGAAAAUAUGGUAGUAAUGGAAGAGCAAGAAAACGCGGUUCUACCAACGGAGAAUUCAAAUGGAAUCAGCAACGAGAGUGGAACAGGUAGCACCAGUUGCAGCGGUAGUAUGGCCGGAGAAACGGAAGAACAACCUAUAGAGUUUACCAAUACGAAGGAGGAACAGCAAGCGGACGAGCAGAUAGAGGAGCAAAUGGAAGAGCAAAUGGAGGAACAAUAUGGGGAUGAGCAACAAGCGGAAGAGCAACCCUUGGAGAACGGUGGCCCCUAUUUUGAACCAAUGUUGAUGCAGCAACCGGUACACGUAUCUCACGUGAUACCAGCGAUUCCUCAGCCUUACAUGUACCCCGGCCACUACAUGUUUGGUCCUCCUUUGAUCAACGUGAAUGGUGUUACGAUACAGGGUGGGCCCAUGAUCAGAACCACAGACGUUGCGGCCAUGUCGGCGGCCUGUGCCAAGCGAAGAAAGAAAAAAAAGAGAAGGAAACAAAGAAGACUUGCUACGGGUAACACGGAGGACGAAGAAGAAGGAGAGUACAGCUCCGAGUGUGAUACCGGUUUACCGUCUUCCCGGCUGUCUUGGACAGCGUGUUCAACUUCGACUACGAAUACGACAACAAUUAGCAACCGGCCGUUGAAUCCCGAAUGUCAGGAGUUCCAGUUGCGACAAGUCGUUGAAUUUAAUACCUCGCUACCCGCUAUUUCAACCUCCGCCAACGAUACGUCCGAGAUGAGCUCGACGAUAAACCAGCCGAGCACGUUAUCGUCGGACACGACCUCCGUCGAUAACGAUUCAAACGAGGUAUGCAACGGCGUCGUAUCCGACGAUUCGAAGAAUCAAAACGAUAAAUCGAUCGAGAACAUCAAGUCUGAUCAUCAAUUAGAAACGAUUUUAUUAGAAAACGGUCAAUCGAAAUCGCUAGACACGAUUACCAAUUCGGUUAACGAAUCGAAUAGACUGACGAACUGUUUCCUCGAGAAUAAGGAGGCAGUUCAUUUGACGAACGAAGUCGCCGAUGAGGCGACUGAGAUCGAGAAACUGCCAAGCAUUACCAAAACAACAAAUAAUGAUUCAUCGAGUGCCAACGAGCUAAGCGAACGAUCGAGCAACGAAAUGAAUGGGGAGAUCCUGGUGAACGGGCAACUGGACUCGAGUAACAAGAAUACGUCGACGAUGUUGGCAAAUUCGGGACUACCGUCUCCCGUAUCAAACGACGAAAAAACAAGAUCAAGAUCGAUCACGCCUAAGGGCAUAGAGAAUGUACCGAUUCGCGAAGAUCAGAAUCACGAAUCUUUAUCGAGCAGUAAAUCAUCUUCAUCGAUUAAUCUAUCCAAACGAAAAUAUACGAAGGGUGCGAAAUUCGUGAGAGAACCAACACCUGGCCCAGAUCUAAACAACACGAUUGAAUCAGAAAAUGAAACGAAAAUACACGAAUCGGCUGAAAAUAUAGAGAAGAUAGAUCUGUCGAACGAUUCGAAAGUAGAAUCUUACGGUGAUAACGUUGCAGAGGAUGAUCAAAUAUCGAGUAAAUUUGAAAUGAAAAUGGUAUGCAAUCGUUUGAGUAAAGAAGCGAUUGAAGCAACAAAUGAGGAUUCUGGUUUUGAGAGUCAGACACAAUUAUCCGAUUAUCCGAUUAUGAAGGCGGUAACAGAGUGGUUACGAAGGGAAAAGUCGCCUGAUUUGUUCAUCACAUCGGCUAUCUCGAUGGAUUGUGAGGAGGACGAGGAUGAUAUGGACGAAGAGCCGCCAAAAAACUUGCAAGGCAACCCCAUGCCUGCACUAUCUGUUAAUAGCGGUGCGGACAAUGCGGCAUUGUCGCGCGCAGCUAGUUGCGGGGAAUUCGCAGGAAUCAGCAACAUCAAGGGUAGACAGGAACAACAGCAGCCGGAAGUUAGUAACAGUGGAGCUUCGAGAAGAAAGAAGGAUGCGAAAAGAAGAUCGGAGGCACGGAGACGAGUGGCCAGACACGUGUUGGGCGGUAAGAUAGAUCACGAGGCGGUGUCCUCGUCAGAUUCUUGUGGCCAACAGGAAGAGUUGAAUAUUACGAAAAAGAAAAAUCUGGCUAAGCAACAGCAAGAUGUUGUUGGUGACAUUUGCGAAUUUACUGAGACGGAUAGCGUUGCGGGUAUGAGGGUUGCUUUAAACUCUCGGAUGGACUCGAAGAGAGUCAAUGCAAGGCGAGCGAAAAAACAAGGGAAAUCGCACGCGCGGAAUCCCUCGAAUGAUAUUGACGCAAAGAUUCAAUGUAUCGAGGAUGUGGAUGAUGAGAACGAUGAAGGGAUUGUCGAGGAUACGAUGAAUGUAAGGACGUUCGAGAAAGGUGAGAUCGUAGUCUCAGAGGAUGGAAAAUUGUUGACGUCUUCCACGUACGAUCCGAACUUGCGUAAUCAUUAUGAUCCUCCUACGGUGAUUAAAGCUCUUGACAAAAGUGAACUUAAAGAAACGACUAUUAAAGAGAAAAGAAAGACAGAGGAAGGAUUAAAAAGAGGUAGCAGCAUGGAGGAUGAAGAGAUUGGUAGUAGAAUAGGUUCCUUGGAUAGCAUAGAAGAACCUGAUGUAUUAGAAUGUUGGGAAGCUGAAAUCAUUGAGCCUGUGAUAACUCCGAAAAGAAUAUUACAAAGUGAAGGAAUACAAUGUGAUGGGGAAGCUGCAGAAGAUGAUAAUAUCGAGAUUGAACAGGUAAAUUUGGACUACGUGCAGAAAUAUUAUAGAUUGGCACGCGAAAGCGCCAGCAUUGAGGAAAUUAGUUUAAAAGCAGAAUCACCAUCAUCGUCAAAAUCAGUGCCAAAUAAGAAUGAGGAAAAGAAUGAGAUUCCAACGCAGAAAAAAUUCUCUGAAGAUAAAAAUAAUAUCCCUAUUGACGAAGCUUUUGAAGUAUAUGAAAGCUGUUAUACCGGAAAUUCUCCGUUUCUAGCGAUUGAUUCGAAAGUUUUUAAAUCACGAACGUUAUACGGUCAGGAAACCGAGACCUCAAUACCAUGCAAGGCGGUUUGUUGCCGAAUUCAAUGAUUUUAUGAAUAUUUUUAAUGAGCGCCUCGUUACAAGCGUACAUCUCCACAGGGACGUUUCUCAAAUACUGAUGUCAAGGCCGUCCUUUUCUAAAUACCAUAAGCCUCUGACGUUGUACUCUUUGCUGAUUUAUACCAUAUGUCGUGUACACAUUCUAUGAACACAUGCAUUCAUUAUGCUAUCAUUAUGUUUCUCAUUAUUAUUAUUAUUAUGUAUUAUUAUUAUGUAUUAUUAUUACUAUUAUUAUUACUAUUAUUAUUGUUACUAUUAUUAUUAUUAUUAUUAUUACUACUAC